AAAAUUUAGUAGAAAUUUGAGCAUUGCUCAAACCGGUACUCUCGUGCGCUGAACAUAUUUUUUUUGGAAACGUUUUCCCCCAUUUGAAAGCGAACAAACGCAAGCAGGCAAAAACGUGUGUAUCUUUUGCGUCGAGACAUUUGUGUUGUGUUCAAUUUUUCGAAAAGAUAAGCACGUGGGUUGGUUGUUUUAGAAGCAAGCCGGUUGGGUUUUUCGUUGUUUCCAAAAGGAGUUGUGCCAAACGAAUAUAUAUUUCGUAGUUGAAAACUAAAAGAAAAAAUCUAAAAUUCUUUAAAAAAAUCGAAUAGAAAAACAGAAAAUGCCUGCUCUUGGUAAACAAGUUUUGGUUAUUGGCAGUGGCGGCCGGGAACAUGCCAUAUGCUGGAAAUUGUCGCAAAGUCCAUUGGUUUCUAAGAUCUAUGCCUUGCCCGGUAGUUUUGGCAUUGAUAGUCUGGACAUUUGUCAGAAUUUGGAGGGCGUUGAUGCCAAAGAUUUUAAGGCCAUCGCAAAAUGGUGUAAGGAAAAUAAAAUCGAUAUGGUUGUCGUUGGUCCCGAAGAUCCCUUGGCCAAUGGUUUGGGUGAUGUUUUACAAAGUGCUGGCAUAGCCUGCUUUGGCCCCGGUAAAAAGGGAGCACAAAUUGAAGCUGAUAAGAAAUGGGCCAAAGAUUUCAUGAUACGCAACAAUAUACCCACAGCACGCUAUGAAUCUUUUACCGAUUGUGCCAAGGCCAAAGAGUUCAUCAAGACUGCCCCCUACAAAGCUUUGGUUGUUAAGGCCGCCGGUUUGGCUGCUGGCAAGGGUGUGGUGGUGGCUGCCAAUGCCGAGGAAGCCUGCCAAGCUGUCGAUGAAAUAUUGGGUAGCAAAAAAUACGGUUCAGCUGGCGAAACAUUGGUUAUCGAGGAAUUGCUGAGCGGUGAGGAGGUAUCCGUCUUGGCUUUUGUCGACAAUCAUGGUGUACAGGCAAUGCUACCCGCUCAAGAUCACAAGCGUCUGAAGGAAAAGGAUGAGGGACCCAAUACCGGUGGCAUGGGUGCCUAUUGUCCCUGCCCUCUGAUCACACCAGAUGCUUUGGAAUUGGUGCGGACAAAAGUUUUACAACAGGCGGUCGAUGGUCUACGCUCAGAGGGUAUUGAUUAUAAAGGUGUUCUUUAUGCUGGCAUGAUGUUGACACCAGAUGGUCCCAGAGUUUUGGAAUUCAAUUGCCGUUUCGGAGAUCCUGAGACACAAGUUAUUCUACCCCUAUUGGAUUGUGAUUUGUAUGAAGUGAUGAUAGCAUGUUGCCAAAACAAAUUGAAGGAUGUCAAUUUGAAAUGGCGCACGGGUGUAAGUGCUGUUGGUGUGGUCAUGGCCAGUGCCGGCUAUCCGGAGACUUCGACCAAAGGAUGUGUAAUUGAAGGCAUUCCAGCCAAUACGGCCGAUCAAAUUAUAUUCCACAGCGGUGUGGGUGUAAAUGCUGAUGGGAAAUUCGUCACCAACGGUGGACGUGUUUUGAUUGCUGUAACACUUCGUAAGGACCUUAAACUAGCCGCUCAAGAUUCUACUAAUAUUUGCCAGAAUAUAACAUUUUCCGGCGCCGGUGCCCAGUUCCGUACUGAUAUUGCCGAAAAAGCCUUUAAAUUACAAAAAUCUUCCCAACCUUCUCUGUCCUACAAGGAUAGCGGUGUGGACAUAGAUGCGGGUGAUGAUUUGGUUCAACGUAUCAAACCAUUGUCACGCGGCACUCAGAGGCCAGGUGUUAUUGGGGGCUUGGGUGGUUUUGGUGGUCUGUUUCGUUUGAAGGAGUUGGACUACAAAAACCCCGUAAUAUGUGAAGCCACCAAUGGUGUGGGUUCAAAGAUACAGCUGUCCCUUGCCUUGGGUACCUAUGAGAAUUUGGGUUAUGAUCUCUUUGCCAUGUGUGCCAAUGAUAUUUUGGAAUCAGGUGCUGAACCAGUAGCAUUUUUGGAUUACAUUGCUUGUGGUAAACUGCAGGUGCCAGUGGCUGCCCAAAUUGUCAAGGGUAUAUCUGAGGGUUGUCGUGCUGCCAAGUGUGCCUUAGUGGGCGGUGAAACUGCUGAAAUGCCUUCGGUUUAUGAGGUGGGAAAAUAUGAUAUUGCCGGCUACUGUGUUGGUAUUGUGGAAAAGGGCAAGGAAUUACCAAAAUAUGAACUCUAUGAAGAAGGGGAUUUGUUAAUCUCAUUGCCUUCCUCUGGUCUCCAUUGUGGUGGCUAUAAUGCUGUUCUAUCAAGUUUACAAAAUCAAGGUGUUGAUCUGACGGAAAAGUCGGAAUUCGGUGAUAAACAAAAGACACUAGGUGAAAAUCUGGCUGAACCCUCCCUUCUCUAUGUCCAAGAAGUCUUACAAAUGUUGCGCAGUGAGACUGUGAAAGCUGUAGCCCACAUAACAUCAGGUUUAAUUCCAAACGUUGCCAGAAUUUUACCCUCCAAAUAUGAAAUUGCUUUGGAUUUCGGCGAUCUGACUGUACCCGAGGUAUAUGUUUGGUUGGCAGCCAAACUCAAGUUGUCAGAGGAUACGCUUUUGCAAACGCUUAACUGCGGUAUCGGUCUGGUGAUGAUUGUCCACAAAGGUUCAACAGCUUGGAAAUCCAUUAAGGGUGCCAAAGUCUUGGGUGUUGUAAAGCGUCGACUCAACUCUUGUCCAAAAACUCCACAAAUUGAAGUCAAGAAUUUCGUUCAGGCUUUGGAAAAACACAAAAAAAAUUGGAUUGACAUGGGUGAUGGUGAGCUGUCCGAGCCAAACUAUCACGAGUUGCAGGGCCAGUUGAUUGUCAAUGCCGAAAAGCGUCCAGAAUCUUUUGUAGCACAAAAUGGCAGACGUUUGACCGAAGUUCCCAAGACAUUUAAAGAUCCCAUUUUGAUUAUGGGUACCGAUGGUGUGGGUACAAAGAUUAAAAUUGCCCAACAGACGGGACGCAAUGGUACUGUGGGUAUUGAUUUGGUGGCCAUGUGUGUCAAUGAUAUUCUAUGCAAUGGUGCAGAGCCUUUUACAUUUGCCAGCUAUUAUGCAUGUGGUCAGUUGGAUGAAGAGUUGGCCGAGGAAAUUGUUGAUGGUGUGAUUGAGGGGGCCCGUCAAUCAGGGGCAAGUUUAGUGGAAUCUCAUAUCUCGGAAGUACCCGUAUUGUACAAACCCAAAGUUUACGAUUUGGCUGGAUUCUCCUUGGGCAUUGCGGAAUAUGAACGCAUUUUACCUUUAACCGAUAAAAUCCAACCAGGCGAUGUUCUGAUUGGCUUACCCUCCUCUGGUGUCCACAGCAAUGGUUUUAGUUUGGUACAUGCUGUCAUGAAAUUGGCUGGAGUAACCUUUGACGACAAAGCCCCCUUUAGCAAUCUCACAUUUGGCGAAGAAUUCCUGAGACCCACAAAAAUCUAUGUGAAUGCCUUGAAACCUCUCAUACAAAAGGGAUUGGUCAAGGCGAUGGCUCACAUUACAGGUGGUGGACUGACAGAAAAUAUUCCUCGGGUCUUAAGAAAGGACUUGGCUGUACAAUUAAAUGCUGAAAAAUUCACCAUACCACCAGUUUUUGCCUGGCUUGCCCAAGAGGGUAAUGUCAAACCAGAAGAAAUGCAACGCACCUAUAACUGUGGUUUGGGCAUGGUUUUGGUUGUGGAUCCAAAACACGAACGUCAAGUUAUGGAACUAAUAGAGUUUUCUGAAAGAGCUGCCAAAGUGGGAGUUGUUAAGCGCCGAGAAACAGUUGUCUCACCACAGGUGCAGGUGGAUAAUUUUGAAAAAUGUUUAGAGCACACAAAACGUGUUAUAUCAGCUCCACGUAAACGUGUGGCAGUCUUAAUAUCUGGUUCGGGAACUAAUCUACAAGCCUUGAUCGAUGCCAGCAGAGAUACAUCACAAGGUCUAAAUUCAGACAUUGUUUUGGUAAUAUCGAAUAAGUCCGGUGUUAAGGGUAUUGAGCGGGCGCAAAAAGCCGGUAUACCAAGCAUAAUUAUUAGCCACAGAGAUUUCAAGACCCGCGAAGCAUUCGAUGAAGAAAUGUCCAAGCAUUUGUUGCAAAUGAAAAUAGACAUUGUUUGUUUGGCUGGAUUUAUGCGGGUCUUGAGUGAACCAUUUGUUAAGCUGUGGAGAGGUAAAUUGUUGAACAUACAUCCCUCGCUUUUACCCAAACAUCCAGGACUACAUGUACAGAAGAAGGCUCUGGAGGCCGGCGACAAGGAAUCCGGUUGUACAGUACAUUUUGUUGAUGAGGGUGUUGAUACCGGUGCCAUAGUCGUGCAAUCCUCUGUGCCCAUCUUACCAGGAGAUACCGAGGAAACUCUAACAGAGCGUAUCCAUUAUGCCGAAUACUUUGCCUUCCCGAAGGCCUUGCGUUUGGUGGCCAAUGGCUUGGCCCGUUUAAACAAAGAUGGCAAAGUGAUAUUUGCCUAAAGAAAGACAAUACAAAAAAGAUGUGUUAAUAUAAAUUAAGAUGUUAUUUUUACAACAAUUAUAAUAAUAAUAAAGAACAAUUGUUUAUAUUUUCGAAUUAAGAAAGAAAAGUAAAAUAUCACAAACUACAUUCAAAUGUAGGUACAACUAUCACAUUUGUAAUUCCUUCAGGUGUAUUUGGACUCGUUUCAAAACCAUGAACCAAUAAAUGAGAAAAAAUCCGA